AUUAAUCAAUAACAUUUAAUCACCGAUAAAAGUAUACAAUAAUCGAAAAACAAAAAACGCCUGGAGCGAUAACACCGGAAUUUUUUAGUUGAUAAUCGUGCCAUUGUAUGUUUUAUAAACUAAAAGCGACAAUUGACGUGAUAUAUUUUGUCGCAAGAAUGGAGGAAUGAUGGAACAAGGUCCAAACGAACCGGAUGCAUGGGAAUGUCAUCAAACCGUCAUUUGAGUUUCCUGUUUGAGUGUUGAGAGACACCACUUCGUGGGUGGUGUUUUACUACUGAUACUGGUAACUAGUGUACUUGUACUUGGUUAAUGUAGUAGUUGUAAGUUGUAAGACUCAUCUGAAACAUCAGAGCAGAGAAGAUUUUAGUUUAGCAACUACGAGUUUAACUUUAAGAGCAACUAUAAAUGUUUUCAUUAAAGUGGCAAACGGACGGGCAUUUAACUUACCAUGGAACAGUAGAUAGUGAUGAACAUAACCUGGAAAUAAUUAUAUUGAUGAGAAAAUGAAGUCGACGGGUGCGAAAGAGCAUCGGGGAUGUGUGCUCCUCAAACCAGAGGAAAAUGAAGAGAUUUUUCGAUUAAUUGGUAAUCGUUGUCAGUGCCUAGCAGCGGGUGUAAUUCAAUUGUAUUUAACAGAAUUACCCGACCACCGAGAAUGGAUAAAAAAAAAUACCGGAAUAAUAACAUUGAUACGGGAUAACCCGAAAAGAAGUUAUUUUCUACGAUUAUAUUGUCCUCAAAGAAAAGCAAUGCUGUGGGAACAAGAGCUGUACAAUUCGAUGGACUACAAUGCUCCGCUGAGAUAUUUCCAUACAUUUGAAGGCGAAGAAUGUAUGGUUGCAUUUAAUUUUGCUAAUGAAACCGAAGCCGUUAUUAUGAGGAAUAUUAUUUUAGAAAGACUCAAUAGCAAUAAACAGAGGCGGCAGGAGCGUAAAACUAGAAUAGAAACAGAUACUCAGCAAAAAGUAGUCACGUUGCCAAGGAGGAGUCCCAAUAGCUCGACUAAUUUUUUUUCUUCGACCACCAGUGUCAAUAUGAUCAACGGGUCCUCAUCUUCGGUGAGUGUCAACGGGGGUUUGUCUGGUAGUGCGAUGUAUUUGAGGAAGAAAAAGCGUGAGAAAGAUCACAAAAGAAAAUUAACUGUAGCUGAUAUUAGUCAACCUUCAAAUUUUAGACACGUAGUGCAUUUAGGUAGUAACACCAGUAAAUGUAUCGACCCAGAGUCAAUAGAUCCAACAUUAAGAAAAUUUUUCGACGUAGCUGGUGUGACACAGCGGCAACUAACAAGCCGUGAGACCCGUGACUUUAUUUACGAUUUUAUUCGUGGCCACGGCGGAAUAACAGCUGUGAAAAAUGAAUUAGGUUUAACAAGUACUUCGGUUCCAACAUCCGCAGAUAACAAUCAUCAUCCCUUACCUCCCCCGCCACCGACAGCAGACAAUCCACCACCGAUACCAGCGCGAACGGUCCCCGUUACCAGCAGUCCGGGAAUAAAUAAUAACCAAUCGCGGACUACGAGACCUUUGCCUCCAGCACGGACAAACGUCCCGCCACCCCCGCCAAGCGCUCCACCUGCACACAGGACUCUGCCGUCGAGGCCACCACCGCCGGCAGGAUCACCCGCACUGCCUCCGCCGCCUCCCACGGUUCCGCCGCCGCCGCCUAGGAGCAGCUCAAGUAUAUCCAAUGUGUCGAAUUCUUCGGGCAGUGCUCCAGCUCCUCCACCUCCGCCACCUCCACCACCUCCUCUUCCGGAGCUCAAUGCGGACAGUAGUCCCGCGAGUAAUUUUAAUUCUUCGUCGUCUUCUAUUAGUGGUAAUAAUAACGGUGAAUUUAACGACUUGAGGCCGAAACUUAUGGAUGCAAUUAGAAAUGGCACUACUCUUAAGAAAGUCGAGCAAACAGAAAAGAAGACAACUCCCAUUAUGGACUCAAGAAGUGAUUUACUAAAUCAAAUAAGGCAAGGAAUCGAAUUAAAACCCGUGGUUAAUGAACCAAAACCAACUUCGAUAGGAGUCGCUCAAGGUGGACUGGCCUCGGCUCUGUCGGCAGCUUUAGCCGAGCGUUCGCGUUUGCUCGGUUACACUGGGGACAGUCAAGACUCGAGCAGUGGCACCAGUGAUGACGAUGAGUGGGACGAUUAGAUUUAAAUACUAAGUAUUUUAAAAUAAAAAUGCCAACAAACCUUUGGAGUGAAGUGAAAAUUAUAUAGUGA